AUGGCGUCGACUCUGGUGGGCGCGACGCUGAAUCUUCUCCGUCGCCAGGUGGAAGACGUCGAUCCAGACGACCCUCCCGAAGCUGGCCAGAAAGAGAUCUUUUCGUCAUGGGCACUCUUCAUUCUGAUCAUGCUGCUUAUUGCGGCCCUGUUUACGAGCUACAUUUUGCAGCAGAAGAGAAUACAGGCCGUCCAUGAAACCGUCAUAUCUAUAUUUGCUGGCAUGGUCGUCGGACUGGUCAUACGCAUCACUCCUGGCACCGCAAUCCAAGACACCGUCAGUUUCGAUUACCAGUUCUUCUUCAAUCUCCUUCUCCCGCCCAUCAUUCUAGCCUCCGGGUACGAAUUACAUCAGGCAAACUUCUUCCGCAAUAUUGGCACGAUCCUGACCUUUGCAUUCGCCGGGACCUUCAUCUCCGCCGUGUCCUUGGGCCUGAUCCUUUGGCUAUGGACACGAAUUCCCUUCGAUGGCCUAACCAUCACCUGGGUCGAAGCCAUUUCCGUCGGCGCAACCCUCUCUGCGACCGAUCCCGUCACGAUCCUCGCUAUCUUCAACAUAUACAAGGUCGAACCCAAACUGUAUACGGUCAUCUUUGGCGAAUCCAUUCUCAAUGAUGCCAUUGCCAUUGUCCUGUUUGAGACUGCUCAGCGAUACAGGGAAGGAGCUGCUGGGAAUCUCAAUAUCAUCAGCCUGUUCGAGGCUAUUGGAAUCUUCUUACUCGUCUUCUUCACCAGUUUGGUGAUUGGCGUGGUGGUGGGCAUCGGGACUGCCCUCGCCCUAAAGUAUACGCUUGUCCGCCGGUUUCCAAAGAUUGAAAGCUGUCUGAUCGUUUUGAUUGCAUAUGCAAGCUACUUUUUCUCCAAUGGCGUUCACAUGUCUGGCAUUGUGUCGCUGUUAUUCUGCGGCAUUACCCUCAAACAUUACGCAUACUACAACAUGUCCCGGAGGACUCAACUUACCACGAAAUUCGUCUUUCAAAUCACCGCCCAGCUCUCAGAGAACUUCAUCUUCAUCUAUCUUGGUCUCACACUAUUCACCGAGACAGAUCUAGUUUUCAAACCGCUGUUUAUUCUCGUUACAGUGGUCGGCAUCUGUGGCGCGCGUUGGCUGGCCGUAUUCCCACUUUCCAAGGCAAUCAACUAUAUCAUUCGACUUCGGGCCAAACGCCGUGGUCGCGAUGUGGCAGAGGAACUUCCGUGGCACUACCAAGUCAUGUUGUUCUGGGCCGGCCUACGGGGUGCCGUCGGUGUGGCCUUGGCCGCUGGACUACAAGGAAAUGAAGGUCCUGCACUCCGUGCCACUGUCCUUGUCGUGGUGGUGUUGACGGUCAUUAUUUUCGGCGGGACAACGGCACGUAUGCUGGAGAUUCUAGGCAUCCGCACGGGGGUGGUCGAGGAGAUCGACUCGGACGAUGAAUUCGACAUUGAGACCGCCAAUGGUGGCACAUACUACAAGCGAUCUGGUACUGGCUUUGGCCACAACCCGCGACCCUCGGCGAUUGGCCUUGAUUAUGUGGGCAACAAUCGCGAUGGCAAAGCAAAUGGCUCAGCUUCACACGCUCGAAACGACAGAGGCUACAGCAGUGGUAAUGGUCGAUCUCCUCCACUGCACCCCGGAGCUCAGCGCAAAAACUCGAGCAUCUCUCAGCGUGACCGCGAAAUUGCCGCUCAGCAAGGAAAAUUGCUGUCUGGCAUCGGUAACACCAGCGGCUCAACGUCCGACGACGACGAAGAUGCCGCAGAGCUCGACCUCCCUCCUGCUGCACCGCGGAGAAAACAGUCUCCCUUGUCGCUCCCACCUGGAGCUCAUGAUACGCGCGUCCGCUCCGCUCCUGAUAUUAUUCUGAAUAACGGAGACAGUGAUCCUUUGGGGGAAGACCAGGGAGACGUGGGCACAGCGGCUACCCAACCAGAAAGAGCGUCGACGCCGCUGGCGGGAGCGAGUAGUUCGAUAAGGAAUCUAUUGAGGGGGGCAGCGGCGGAUCACACUGCUUGGUUCCGCCAGUUGGAUGAGGACUUUAUCAAGCCGCACCUGUUACUGGAUCAGCACCAGGGGCAGGGCAAGGGGCCCCCUCCUUCAUGA